UUGGUGGAUGACGAUGCUACUGUAAGAAAAAUUGUAGCUGCUGCAGAUCGGGUUUUGGAGAGCCUGUCUGAGCUGGCCUCCUCCUCAGAUAUCAAGUCUCUGCUCAGAUCUUUCCAAGCAUUUUCUGAAGCUCUACUUCUCCUCAACAGUCUCACAGUGGAGAGAGCAAAUUCCUUACAGGAUCCCAGGCAAGCAAAACAGCUUCUUGACUUCUUGGCGACCCUCAGGAGGUGCAUCUCCAUGCUGCACACAGCCAUGUGCACAACCAUCAAACACCCCACUAGUGAGCAGGCCCAAGCAGCCAAAAGGUACAUUCUGGAAAAAGUGCAGAGCAGCGUAGGAGACAUUGCUGCAACUCUAAAGAGUGACUGCCACAGAGGACAACUGGGACCAUGUGGGUAUUAUACCAUGAGGCGCAAUAGCAUUUUGCAACUACUUACUGGCUGUUCCACCUCCUCAAUCCAAGAGAGCGGAUUUGACAGUUUGGUCCGAGAUCUUGUGUUCCAUUGUAUGGUCGUAGCAAACUCUUCUCGAAGAGAGUUUCAGCAAAGACUGGUGAGCCACUGUCGUCAUAUCCUGCAGUUCUGGUCUGACAUAAAAAUGAUUUUAAAGUCCUCAAAGGAACCUAAUGAACACGAACAAAGCUUGGAGAACACCUGUACCUUGCUGGUCCAGCAAAUACAAAUGCUUGACAAAGCCUUGAUGACUAAUAUUCUUUAUCAAGUCUUAGACACAUUUAUUGAAGCAUUUUCUACAGUUGAUGAACUUUUAAGUGUGACAAGACAGAUCUUGGUUGCAGAUUCAUCUACACAGGUGGACCUGAACUUUAUCCAGCCAGUAGUUGAGGAUUUCAUAGCUUCCACUGACAGAAUAAUCCAAAUGGCAAAUUUUAUCUCAGCUGUAGCUGUUGAUGCAAAGAGUUUGGAAAAUGUGGAGAACUCACGAGUGUGCCUCACAAGACUCAGAGAUCGAAUUGCACCACUUUCACUGGACUUGGCAGAUAAUUCAGAGCAAACAGGUUCAGAAGCUUCACGAAGUGUGUCAGAAAUGGGAGGAGGAGACUAGUCAGCUUCAGGAUGCUCUCAGUGACGUAAUGGAUGUGAGGGAAUUCACUAGUAUUGCUAUUGAUGAGAUGAUCAAUGGCCGCCAUGGAUGUGAUGCAGCAUACAGAGAGCAGAGUUAUGAAAUGUUUAAGGAACAUACAACAAAUCUAAUUUAUCAUAUGAAGCUGACGAUUAACUCAGUAAGGAGGCGCUUGGACAGAAGUGAUAACCCCAUCUACAGGAAUGGACUCCUGGUCCUGCUGAAACAAGUUCAGUCAUCUCAAACCAAUGUGGCUGAGUCAAUCAAAGACAUGCUUUUUGGUUCCAGUCUGAAUGUGGAGGUAUAUUCUAUGUUUUCAGACAAUGUUUCCAUAGUUAUUCAGCAUUUUAAGGUGCUUAGAGAGGGACUGGAUGGCCAACAGCAUCCACAUCUCCUGAGCCCGCUGCGAGAAGGGGCACGCCAGAAAGAAAUCUCACAGUCAUCUUUACCAGUCAAAGACACCUGUGAACUUAACCUGGAUCAUAUGUUAAGAGGCUCUGAUUCUCUUGUUUUUGAUGUUAUGGAAAGAGAUUAUCAAGCUGAACAUGAGGAGGAGCUCUCAGAUGAGGAAACCAUAGAAGCGGAACUGGCUCAUAAACAUGACAGCGAUGAUUUAAAGAUCCCAGCUGUCUCUGAUGAGCCUAAACUGAUCCACAAGGCUCUUGAAUUUGACCUUUUACCCCUUUUGUAUGAAGUUGUGACUGUGACUAAAGGGAAAGACGUGACAGCGCUCAACCAGAUCUGCACUGGUGUUCUUGAGUUGUCAAACUGUUACGCCCAAGCUACGAAAGAAGCCUUGGCUAUUGUUGAUGCGGUUGAUUGUCAGACGUUGGAAAGCUUUAGAGCAGAGCUGGUGUCAUUGACCCCGCUGCUCGUCCAGACAGCUCAAGAGACAGCGAUGAGCUCAGCGAUGAGCACAGAGAGCAUCUACAAACACAGCACGCAAUUUUCUGACCUUAUUAACAACAUCCGCAAGGUUUUACUGCCCGUGGCUGGAACUUGGUAUCAUGCCAUUUACACUGAGCUGCAAGGGAAUCUGCGAACUCUGGCAGCCAGUGUUACACAGCAACUAAAUGAAGUGAUGACUUUAUGUGCUGACGUGGUCCAGCUGUUGAUGUCAUCUGAUUUAACCUUACAAAUUGAAGGUCAAGAAACAUUCAGCGUUUUACACAGCAAGCUGAACAAAGCCCAGAACCACACAAGGUAUCUUGUAGAGUUUUCCACCUCAGGAGAAGGGUACAUUGAUCAGCUUGAGGGGCUUUGUAUCCUCUGGGGUCUCUCUGUUCAGAUUUUAAUAAAUUCUUUGGACAAGAUUUUAGGAACAUCGACUGCGAUGAGCCAGCUGAAUCCUCAGAAACAGCUGUCAAUGUUGUCUGAGAACUCACUUAGAAUCCAAGAGGCCACAAGGCUCACCAGCCUGAACUGCAAAAGUGCUUACAGAGCAAAACAGUUAACAGGAUACCAGGAUGAACUGAAAAUACUGACUGACGCCUAUCUUAAAGCUGCACAGGAACUCGACAUAAUGCCAAGUGUGAUGCAACUUGCAAAAUCGGAAUUCUUUCGGAGACAGCUUUUGAUUAAAAUUAGAGUGCUAUCUGGUCAUUUAAGCAAACAAAAUAAGGAUUAUGACACAUUAUUUCAAAAAAUUGUCAGCAUUGCCUACAGUGCUGCAGAACACUUCAGAGAAAACAAUGGGGAAGAAAAUACAGAGCAAGAAUUUGAAAUCACAGCACAGAAACUUGUUGAAAACAUAAAAUCUGCAACCAGAAGAGUUGAGGACUGCUUAAACUACAUCCGUGACCCACACGUUCGUUCCAAUCUGAGGUCUAUCAAUGACCAUUUGUCUUUUCAGAUCUCAGAUAUAGUCAGCAGGGCAAGGCUCAUGGUAGAGACUCACUACAUUUGUGACACUCUCUGCCUGCAUGUGCAGAUACAGUGCUGGUCAGCAAAAGCUCACUAUGUGGUGGAGGAGAUCAGGAAGCAAGAUGGGAUUCAUCAAGAAGCUAAAGAGCACAUCCAGACUGGGCUUCAGGGCAGAACACCUGAAGAUACCAACAAAGUAUUAACUACAAUCCCAUCUAAAGUCAAAGAAGUGGAAUUUCCCUCUGACACGACAAUGUCAUCCUGGCAGAAAGGCAAUACAGAAAGUAUAGAUGCUGCCGAAAGUAAUUUAAACAUGGCAGCUGUGGCAAAAUAUGUACCUGGGAAUCUGGAAAAAGAUGAUUUUCCUGGGUCCCAUAUAUACAAAGAGGCUUCUUCACUGACCUACACAUCCCUUUUUCUGAAACAAGAAAGUGACAGCUGGGACCCUAAGGACAACAGAAUCGUCCAGGUGACCAGGAAGAUGGCUGACACAAUAUGCUACAUGACUCAGUAUUUGAAGAAGAAAGGCCCAAUACCGAAUAAAGACGCAUUUGUCAGCGCAGCCAAAGAUGUGAUCUCCAACUGCCAGUCAGUCACUCAGUUUAUCAGAGUCAUUGCCAACCACAGCCUUGAUAAACAGUGUACGGUUGAACUCUCACUCAUUGUUGAGCAGAUUCUCACCAUCACCAGUCAGCUCAACAUCAUCUCCAGUGUCCAUGCUGUAACCCCUGGGUGCAAAUCAUCUGAUGAGAUCCUGGUGAAGAAUGCACAAAAUCUCCUCCAGACGGUCCUGCGUGGGGUCCAUGCAGCAGAAACAGCCUGCAUUACGGGUCUGAAGCAGCCUGAGCCAAACUCAGAUGGUGCAGAGGCCACAGCUUUGUGUUUCCAGUGGAAGAGAAACCUGGAAAUCCAUCGCGCCCAGCAGACUUCUAACCCAGACACAGAUGAGCUGGGUUUGAGGAAGACAUCAUCGCACCCUUUAGCGCCCAGUCUAGCCCCUCAUGUACAAGACACCUACAAGUGA